AUACGGAAACAUCUUGGAGGUAACUUCUUCCAAACAAAAAAGAAUUACUCAAAUCGGAUCACAGGUGCCGGAGUAAUCGCUGAACAUACUUACAUUUAAAGAAAUCAUCAUCAUUAUCAUCAAAAUAAUCAUCAUCAUCAGGUCUACUUCAUCAAAUUGGUGGUUUUCGGGAGAAAAUGCUCGAGUUGCUUAAGAAAACGCCCAAAACACCAUGCAUGUGCCUUUAAAAAUUGAGGAGUUCCCUCAAUUCCUCAUGGAUCCCAUGAUCAGAACAGAACCAAAUUAAAAUGGGACUAACUCGGAGGUAGUUCCUUUCAAAAAAAAAAAGAAUUACUCAAAUCGGACUACGGAUGUGGGAGUAAUCGGUGAACGUACAUAGAAAAAAAAAAAUAGCCACAACCGAAUACAGAACCUCCUCCUUCUACGAAAUUGAAGUCGGUUAAAAAUUGCGUAAGUAAAUAGUUUUAGAUUUUGUUGAGCGUAUAGUGAUAAUUUGUAAAAUGAGUAAGCGAAAGCAUAAUAAUUUGUAUUCUACCGCAAACCUUAGCGACAAAGAAUUGAAAGAAGAAGGAAACAGACUUUUUAGUUUGCGUCGUUACGAAGAUGCUAUAGUUUAUUAUACGAAGGCUAUAUUGGCUAUAAUAAAGAAUCCCUCAGUUGCCACAUACUACACAAAAAGAGCACUAUGCCAUCUCAAAGUGGAGCGCUGGGAAGCCACUUGCCAAGACUGCCGCCGCGCACUUGACUAUGCCCAGAUCAAGGGACACUUAUUUUUGGGACAAGCUCUGGUGGAACUUGAGUUAUAUGAUGAAGCUGUCAAACAUCUUCAUAGAGCCGAUGACCUUGCCAGAGAGCAAAAACUCAACUUUGGUGAUGAAAUUGCUGCACAGCUCCGUAUUGCCAGGAAAAAGAGAUGCAAUGUUCAGGAAGAGAAGAUCACACAGGAAAUUGAACUUCAGAUAUAUCUGAAUAGGUUAAUAAGUGAAGACAUGCAGCGUAGAAAAAGGAAAGCGUCGAAAGGAAAAACGGCGAAUAUAGAAGAAGAAUGUAAUAACUACACCAGCGAGCUAAAUAAUUUAUUUGCCAAAAUAGAUGAUAGGAGAAGGAAACGUGACGUUCCCGAUUACCUAUGUGGGAAGAUAAGCUUCGAAAUACUGAGGGACCCGGUGAUCACGCCGAGCGGCAUCACUUAUGAGAGGAAUGACAUUGAAGAACAUCUUGAGCGCGUCGGCCAUUUCGAUCCACAGACGCGCGUGGAGCUAACAGCAGAUCAGAGGCUCAUCCCUAACUUAUCGAUGAGGGAGGUUGUCGACUCCUUCCUUCAGGAGAACGAGUGGGCGCUUGACUAUUAACUGGUUCAAGUUUAUCUAUGGGUAAUCAAGUUUUUUUCUAUUGUUGUUUAAUUUUUAAGCAGGUUUAUUUUAAUGUUAGUUUAGUUUUGUAGGUAG